AGCUGGAUCUGCUAUCGUAGAACCAGAAAAAAAAACAACGCAGAACUUGCAGCCUCUGUUUUCUCUCUCUCCCGAACCAUUCUCGUCUCCCAAGAUUUUGCUUUCCAGCCCUUUUAGUUCUCGCUGUGGAUCCGUGUCGCUUUUGUUCUCUGGAGACUCUGGCGAAGCGGCUUACCGGACGAAGAACCUGUCAAUCUGCCGCACGUCGAUAAGACCGGGACGGCUGCGGAGAUUCUUAUCCACGCCUGCAGCGAAGAGUGCUCGUGUGCUCUGAUUGUGACUAUCCAUAAGAGAGGGUCAGAGAGGCUGCCACAUGAGCCAUGGAUACUCUUCUCACCGCUGAGGUAGCGGCAAAUUCACCACGUUUUCGGAGGAGAUCAAGCACUUUUGUAGACGCCAUCCAUGAUCUGCCGGAGACCCAGGAGCUCGCGCCCGCCCAGCUGUAUAGCACCGAGUCUGGGCGCCUCUUUCAUUCCGGACGCAUCGUAAUUGUUACUGUUGGCCUUCCUGCCAGAGGAAAGACCCACAUUUCGGUUGCUGUCGCACGCUAUCUGAGAUGGCUCGGUGUCAAGACUCACGUCUUCCACCUCGGCGACUAUCGGCGUGCGACCUUGGGCCCCGGCAAAGACGUUCCUGAAGACUACUUUCACGUCAACGCUUCGCCAUCGUCUGUGCUUCUACGCAACAAGAUCACGAAGAAAUGUAGAGAGGACAUUUAUCAGUUCCUUGAACAUGAGAACGGGCAAGUGGCCAUUUACGACGCGGUCAACCCUCUGUCUGUCGGUCGCAGGUCGCUCGCCAAAGAGUUCGCAAAGAGGAAUAUUUCUACGCUGUUCAUUGAAUCGGCUUGCACGGAUGAGCGAAUCAUCGAAGAGAACGUUCGCAGCGUUAAGAUUUCCAGUCCAGAUUACGCCUCUUGGUCUCCCGAAGACGCGGUAAAGGACUAUCUUCGACGCAUCAACGCGCGAAUACCGCAUUUCGAGACCAUGGAAGAGCGUGAUCUCCAUUGGAUAAAGAUGAUCAAUGCCGGCGAGCGCGUUGUUGUAAAUAACUGUGCGUUCGGCUACCUCUCCCAGAGAAUUGUCUUCUACCUCCUGAAUCUGCACAUCAAGUCUCGUCAGAUCUACUUCGCACGCGCUGGCACGACUCUUGAGGAGGAAUCGUACAAAGCGGACGCGCCGCUGUCCGACGAGGGACGUGACUAUGCGAAGAAGAUGGGAGAUACGCUGAUCAAGAAUCGCGAAGAAGAGAGACAGAGCAUCAUCGAUGCCGGAGGCCCGGAUGAUUCGUUGAAGCCAUUGACUGUAUGGACUAGCACGAGGAGGAGGACGGUCGAGACGGCAGAAUAUCUAGGCAGUUUAGGUUACAAAACUCGCCAGAGGAGUCAAUUAAGUCAGAUGAAUCCUGGCGUGUGCGAGAAGAUGAGCGAGAAAAGGAUUAGGGAAGAGUUUCCGCUUGAGGUCGCGAAACAUGAGCAAGACCCGUAUCAUCAUCGAUACCCCAGGGCUGAAUCGUAUCAUGACCUUGCUGUGCGUCUUGAGCCUAUCAUCUUGGAGCUUGAGCGUGAGCAGAAUGAUCUGCUUAUCAUCGCCCAUGAAUCUGUAUUGCGGGUCUUAUAUGGGUAUCUAAUGGCCUGCAACGCGACAGACAUCCCCAAACUCGAGUUUCCGAGGAACGAGAUCAUCGAGAUCAUACCAUCUUCAUACAACAACGUCGCAAAGCGCAUUCACAUUCCUGGUGUCCCCGAGCAUGCUAUUCCAGGUAGCCCUGAAGACAUCAAAAUCCCUGUUCCACCGACGGGUACGGUAAGCCCUCUGACGGCACUGGGCACGCCAGCGCUAAGUGGGGUGAACACACCGGUCAAGGGCGAUGAAGCCAGCACACAACCGCUAGUUGUGGGCAAGGUGAAGGUCAAUCCUAUGGGUUAAGUGUGGUAUUUUUGCUUUCAACAUUGGUGUUUAUGAUCUUUCAUGAAUUUAUGUGGCCGUGAUUUGUGUUUUAGAUGUAGGAUGGCUGGAUGGACAUUUUGGGAAGCAUUAUUGGUAGGACUUGCAGACUCUCUGCUUCGGCGGUUUUGUGUGAAUUUUUUAAUGUAAAGUUAGAGAGCUCGCGAUAUUUUCCUUGAGCUCCUCUUUUGAUAUAUCAAAAGAAGGAAAUUCGUACUGUUUUAUUCCCCUAA